AUGCCGCCAGCCCACAAGCGCUCCUUGCAGGAGCUCAGCUCUGCCAAUGUGCAGGGCCAGGAACAGCCAUCCAUGUUGCAUCGGAUCAGGAACAUGUGGCAGUUCGCCAACCUUUUCCAGUUCAUCCAGCUCUUCGGCCAAGCCCUCAAACUCGAUGAUAGUCUCGACAUUGAGGAUCUGGAAGCCGAAUGCCUCAAACCCGGCGCCGGGGCGCUCCAAGAUAUCGGUCUUCGUCUUCUCAAGUUCCUCUCCUCGCACCGCGGCCUGACUCACGAGUUAUUCGACGAGUAUACAAGAAGGCAAUUUCUUAGCAAAGCCCCGGAGAAAAACCCAUUUGGCUCUGCGGAGUUACCGACCAAGUUUGCUCACUUCGAUGUGUUCACCAAGCGAAUCGAGCCCUACGGCUGGGAUCGUCUCGAUCGCACGUAUUUCGUCCUCGACGACAAUCGCUUAUAUCGCCAGACGGAUGCCUCGCCGCCUCCCCCGAAACCUAAGAGCAACACGAAAAAAGCCAGGGCUGCACAACGGUCGAGCAAAAGGCGGCGUGUUUCGUCUGGGGCGGCAAGCGAUGCUGAUGAUGCGCACGAUGAGGCUUCCGACGCCGCCGAGCAGGUUGGACCGGUAGACGACGGUCUCGGGGGUAUGAAAUGGGAAUGUAUCGCUGUCACUCUUGAUGAAGUCCGCGCAUUUCUAUCAACGAUUCAGAAAUCCAAGGACCCCAACGAGAAAACUCUGCGAGACCAGAUUCAAGGCCACUUAGUACCCAUCCUCGAGAAGCAGGAGGAAUCUAGGAAAAGGAAACAGCUUCAGCGGGAAAAGGAGCUUCUCAACUUAGAAAAGAUGGCCUAUGCAAAAAGAUCAAGCCGGAUUGCCGGGAAAAUGGAACAACAGAAGAUGGAGGAGCGAAGUCGUGAAGAGGAGCGGAAGAAAAUAAUCGAGGAGCGUGCCGCUAAGAAGGAAGAGCAGCAACGGCUAAAAAUGGAGCGCGAGAGGGAUAAUCGGCUGAUGUCGAGAGAACAACGACUCAAGGAACGGGAGGAUCGCCGUCGGCUCCACGAGGAGGAGCUUGCUCAACUGUCUGAAGACAGCAAGCAGGCGAGCAAUGCCGCCGCCCGCAUGUCAGAGCGACGACGAUUGGCGGAGAUCGAGAGGAACAAGAAGGCUCUACGGGAGCUCGAAGAGGAAGAGGAUGAUUGGAUUUUCGAUUGCGUUUGCGGGGUAUACGGCCAGAUUGACGAUGGGACACACAGCGUGGCAUGCGAGAAGUGCAACACCUGGCAACAUAGCAAAUGCCUGGGUAUCGACGAACAGGAAGCUGAUCAGGAGGAUUUCCACUUCGUCUGCAGCUCCUGCCGCCGACGAGAGAACACGGCAGAUGAUCCACGGGUCAAGGUGAUCAAGCUCAAGGUCAAUCGUCAUGAGGAGCCGGGAUCUUCUACCGGCGAGCACCUAGUUGAGGAAAGUACAGGGCCAUCUCAACAGCCCCCAGCGCAAUUGGUCGUCGAGCUUCAGUCCCGGCCAUUAGCAAAAUCGUCCAGCGGCCCCGAGCCAUUGCCAUUGCCGUCGCCUGCACCAGCGCUUCAAGCAACACAGCUUCCCGUCUCGGAUCUGCCUGAACAGAGAGUAAACAGCAAUCCAGCGACCGAUACCGCAUCUGGCCCUGAUCAAACCCAGCGAUCACCAGUCAGUCAAGGGAACAACCCCUUCUCGUCACCGCAUCCGAGUCUUUUGCCACCAGGCCGACAGCCGGUCAAAUUCGAUGCUCCCAAUCUACCUCUCGGCAAUGCCGCGACCCUCCCAGCUAACGAUGACGAUACGAAGACGGGAUCGGUUGCUAAAAUGGUUGUGUUGGAUAGCGUUCUUUCAUCGCUGGCCGGAAGCGGGAAUGGCGGCUCAUCGCCAUCAAAGCAACCACAUCGUCCCCCUUCCCCGCCAACAAAGACAUCCGCGCCUACUCCCGCGGCCUCGAACGUGCUGGCUUCCUCAUUUUCUACGGAGAAUACUAGCAGCAUGACAUCUGCAUCGUCGAUAAGUUUGCCACACCUCACCCCGGCUCAGACCCGUGAUGCCAGAUCCGAUCCUGUCGUGUCCGGCUCCUCGCCACUGCCGCCCUUUAGCGGCGGCUUGUCUCCUACGAAGCACUCACCCCCCGCACCCAAACGCCAACAACCCGUCAAUGGAGGGGCUGGCGCCGCCGCGAGUCACCCCCCUUCAGCCGUGUUCCCGCCUGUGGCGGCCCUCUCCCCCUCCCCGCGACAACAGGUAUUGACGCCUCCGGUAAAGCCUGCGGAGCCGGUCAGAGUUCCCCUUCUGCAACCACCGCAAGGCACACAGACAACCAAACUUGUCCCAUCCAACUCCCCGCGACCGGAUGCCCAUUCAAGCUGA